AUGGCUGCGGAAGAGCUUAUACGGAAGUUCAGAGAAAAUGAGAAGAACAACGCUUGGGUUGAACUUUUUAGGGAGGUUGACAGGUUAUCAACAAAACAGGAGAAAGAGCUUGGUCUUAAGACAGAUGUUGCUCGAGCGUGGGUAAAUGUUGAGAAAAAUCGUUAUAGGAAUGUCCUUACUUACGAUAGCAGUCGGGUGACCUUGAGAAAGGUUCGUGCCGGUGCAUCCAAUUAUAUUAAUGCUUCCCCUUUGAAAGUUGCUGAAGCGUCGAGGAAAUACAUUAUGACUCAGGGUCCGUUAGCAUCGACGUGCAAUGAUUUUUGGCAGAUGGUUUGGGAACAGAAAAUCUCUUUAAUUGUGAUGCUCAAUAAACUUUUUGAAAAAAAUUCAAUUAAGUGUCAUGCUUAUUUUCCUACUGAAGAAAAGCCUGAGGCAGAAUUUGAUACAUUUUCUGUUACUUUGAAAACAGAAGAGCAUUUCACACAUUUUGUUGUACGUACAUUACAAGUGCAGCAGAAAGAGAUAUCAGAAAGUUAUGAAAGUUCCAGUGAUCGUGAACGAAAUUCAAGCAGUAGUUCAGAGUCAUCGGAGAGUGAUGAAAGUGAUGAAAGUGCUCGUACUGUUUUUCAUUUCCAGUAUACUAGCUGGCCAGACUUCGGCGUUCCUGCUUGUCCUCAUGUGUUUUUGGAAUUUCUGUAUCGUGUGCGGUCUACAGGGCUAUUGCGGGAUUCUCCGCCGACGUUAGUUCACUGCUCUGCAGGCAUCGGUCGUAGUGGCGCUUUUGUUGUUAUUGAUUCCGUUAUUUCAAUGGUGGAACACAGCGUGAAGUCUGUUGAUCUUGUCGAAUUAAUUUUGAGGUUGCGCAGAAGCAGAAUGGGACUUAUUCAGACUUCACAGCAGUUGCAAUUUUGCUGGAGAUCAGUUGCCACAGCUCUUCUGGGUGGUGACAAAGGUAAUUGUAGCUGCGAUGCACAGCCAUCAGAAUGGCCGAAAAUAGUACCACAGCAGUUAUCUCCGUUGGGAACUGGAGGUGCAGCAGAGUCAUUGAGUGACUUAAGUGAUACCACUGCCCGGAAGCGCUCCGUAGGUAGGGCUGAUGAAGGAACUGAAGAUGUAAAACGUUCUAAAAGGUUAUUUUUUGAUAUAUUUUUUCUAUUCUCAUUUUAA